AUGGCGAAGCAACAGGCACUGAAAGCUGUGCUCAUCGACCUUAGUGGCACGUUGCACAUUGAGGACACAAGUGUUCCUGGUGCCCAGGAGGCUCUCAACAGGUUACGGCAAGCCCCAGUGGCAGUGAAGUUUGUGACAAACACAACUAAAGAAUGCAAGCGCAUGCUUCUGGAGAGGCUGCAGAGACUGGGCUUCUCCAUCCAGGAGCAGGAGAUCUUCACCUCGCUGACCGCCGCGCGUAACCUGGUGGAACAGAACAGCGUGCGGCCCCUGCUGCUGCUGGAGGACAGCGCCCUGGAGGACUUCUCUGGUAUUGCAACCUCAGAACCCAAUGCUGUAGUAAUUGGACUAGCUCCUGAUCAUUUCAACUAUAAGGUGCUUAAUAAUGCAUUCAGGUUGAUCCUGGAUGGAGCUCCUCUCAUUGCGGUGCACAAAGCCCGGUACUAUAAAAGGAGUGAUGGGCUGGCUCUGGGACCGGGUCCCUUUGUGACGGGGCUGGAGUAUGCCACAGGCACCCAGGCCACUGUUGUUGGUAAGCCUGAGAAAACCUUCUUUAUGGAAGCCCUGCGGGACUUGGACUGCAAACCUGAGGAAGCCAUCAUGAUUGGCGAUGAUGUCAGAGACGAUGUAGGUGGGGCUCAGAAUACUGGAAUGCGGGGAAUUUUGGUCAAAACCGGUAAAUACAGGGAAGGGGAUGAGGGAAAAAUCAACCCCCUGCCAUAUGUGACCUGUGACAACUUCCCCCAGGCUGUGGACCACAUCCUUAAACUGCUGAUCUAGCACUGACCUCAGUACUGCAAGAGGUUGGUGCACCAUGGCAUCAGCUGUGA